AUGCCUGAAGAGAGCAGAAGCGACAACAUGCCUGAAGAGAGCAGGAGCGACAACAUCCCUGAAGAUGGCAGGAGCGAAAACAUGCCUGAAUCGGGCAGUGGCGACAACAUGCCUGAAGAGGGCAGGGGCAACAUCAUGCCUGAAGAGGGCAGUAGCGACGACAUGCUUGAAGGGGGCAGGGGCGACAACAUGCGUGAUGGGGGCAGGGGUGACAUCUUGCCUGAAGAGGGCAGGAGCUUCAACAUGCUUGAUGGGGGCAGGGGCGACAACAUGCUUGAUAGGGGCAGGGGCAACAACAUGCCUGAAGGGGGCAGGGGCGACAACAUUUUUGAAGGGGGCAGGGGCGACAACAUGCCUGAAGGGGCAGGAACGACAACGUGCUUGAAGGGGGCAGGGGCCACAACAUGCUUGAUGGGGGCAGGGAGGACAGCAUGCUUGAAGGGGGCAGGGUCGACAACAUGUUUGAAGGUUGCAGGGGCGACAACAUGCCUGAAGGGGCAGGAACGACAACGUGCUUGA